AUGAAGCAGCAGAAAGGUUUGGCGUGUGUGUUUCACAGACACGAGGUUCCUGACUCAAGCGAGUACAUAUGUGCGUGCGAGUGUGUCUCAGACGUCUGUGGCGCACUGGGCCUACCGGCAGAAGAGGCCGCUAACGGUGCUGCUUCGUCUGCCUCACCAGCUGCUCGCUCCGCCGCCGCCCUCGCGCUGCACGAGGCGGUCUCCAUGACGGCGUCACACGCCGAGUACACCCCACACACGCGCUGUCACACUGUCGAGGGCCUGACGGAGGCACAGGCCACGCCCUUCUGGCAUCGCAGUGUGCUCCUCGUGGCGAAGUGGAUAUUCGCAACGGUGUGCGGCUCACUGCGCCGUGGAGCGUCGGUGGUAGGCGUCUACCUCACGCGUAGCGGGGAGGCGGAGUUCACGGUGGGCCUCAUCACACAGGGCACCGCGCGCGACGAGCGCCUGCAGGAUGCUCUGCUGCGGUUCCGUGGCACGCAUACACUUGCCAAGAUGCACGCCGAACUGCCACUCUGCGCGGCUCACCGAGCAGUCGCGCUUCGCCUCUGGUGGGAGCCGCGGACGGAGCGUGUGACGCCGCAUCACAUCAUGCCGCCGGUGAAGGUUAUUCUUGACGAGGGGAAAAAGCGACGGAAGCAGCAGCACAACGGACCGCAGCUCAACGGAUAUGCCGCGGUCAACGUGUUUCUUUGUCGCCCAGUCGCAUCACGGCUUCGCGGGACAACGCGGAAGCCGCUGAGCUGCGCAGGCGGAAAUGUUGCAAUGAGGGUCACAACCACUGCUAAAGAAAAGCGGUGUGACAAACAGCCAAAGGUUUCUGCUGCUUCCGUUGUUGCCGCGACGACGAUGGCUGCAGCUGCGGAUCCAUCGCGCAUCAUUGAGCAUUCCAAUGACCCACAGGAGCGGCUUCAAAAUGCUGUUGUGCUCUACUUUGAUGACCUCUCAGUUGUGGAGGAGGGCGAGCACCUCGUCGGUGUCGAGGUUGAGGCGAUGCCUUCGUACCGAGCGUUCGUUCCCGCACUCUACGGACACCUGUCGCCAUUUCUCGUGGUCUCUCGGGGAGAUGCCUGA